AUCUUGAUAUUGUGUACCAAGUACAUAGUGGGCGCUUUCUCUUUGAUAUUGACACAACUUCUGCAUCUCUACUACCACCCCUCAAGAUCAGCCCUCGGAGCUCUACACCUACAGGUUCCUGUUCUCAUCAGAUCCAUUCUCCUCGAUCCUCAUCCGCCACACAGAAGAAGACAACCACAAUCCAAGUCUCUGCCACAGCUAUCAAGGGCUCAAAUCUUUCUAUCAUGGCCAAAGCGAAACAAAAGCAGCGCGCUGACAAUCGUUCCAGCCGGGUACCCAAGUCGCACUCAGAAACGGCACGAGCACCUACCACCACUGCUCUCACGUCCACGACAGCCAUUGCCUCCGAUCUGACGCUGCGCUACAAGCUACUUGUUCUCCUUCACGACUUUCUGAAGUUCACCAAAGAUCCUGCGGCGGAGCGCCGUAUUAACUCGACGACCGAUGAGCAUUAUAUCAGCCUACCCUAUUUUAGCCAAGAUGAGGUCGCCAUGGUGAAAUCGGCUGUUGUCGAGACGAAAAUCAGUGAGCACGCUUUAGGUGGUAUGCUUGAACAUAUCAAUAACGAUGACGACAACGAUACUACACAACCAGCGGAUGAAGAGCGUACCAGCUCAUGUUCAGUUUUUGAAGCUUUUGAGGACAAGACGUUCGACAGUGUCGUGCGAAGUUUACUAAGCAAUUUCAUCGACAAACGACGCGCGAGCGGUGAUGCCAGACCUUGCGGGCCUCAUCAACUAGCUCCCCUCUAUGCAUCUUUGUUUGGGAUCGACCUCAAGGAGACCCAGGACGAGAGGUUCUUAGGGCGGUUGCGAAGAGCUGGGGUGUAGUGUGUAGCGGGUCUAAAUAAGAUGUAAAACUGUUACUUAUUGCUACAAUUCUCAAUUCAUCACCAAUACAGAGGCAGAGCAAGGGAGAGGACAAUAAUCAGGCCAAGUAUGCGUCACUGCUCCUGCGCCUCGAUGAAGAGUCCGGAAUCGAGUCAUAUAAGGUGGACAUCAUACUCCACAUUCUAUCUCUCCUUUUCUAGGAAGAACAUCAACGCUGAUUGGCUGCGUGCCUAGAUCAGCGAACUUCGACGCAAUGCAAGUCCAGGAGGCCUGAGCUCGUAAUCUUACAGACGCUACUAUUUUUUGGCAGAGGAGCCCGGAUUAACAGUUUCUAGAACAGUACGUAGGUAGCAAAAGCGUUUCCUUUAAACGAGU